AUGACCCAGACCCUCGACAGAAAAGUGGAUCCUCUUAACCUGGGCGGAGGCUGGGCAUCCUCUGUCCCUUUGCGCACCUGGUCUUCCUGCCAUCGAAGGCGCAGAGGCGCUCCGAUUUACAGGCGGCGGCAUCGCUACGGUCCCAAGGCCGAGUAUGAGCCCCCGAGGAAACAGCCAAAGCAACAGUACGGUCCAGGCCCUUGGUUCCAGCCGCCCCGACGUCCCUAUUGGGCCGUGUAUUCUAACUGGGGGCCCUGGGGAGGGCCCUGGCGCCCACCUCCGGCGGGGUUCCGGAAGCCCCCCGGCUGGGUGCAAGUGAUCCGGGUGUACGGCCUGCACCCGCCCUGCCUUUGCUGCUGCUCCUGCUGGCGCGCGCCCUGGAACCCUGGCUGGGCGAUGCCCCCGGGCAGGAAGAAGCGCUGGGGCCGCCGGGGCCGCGGCCUGCGCCCCCACCCUCGCCGCCCUUUCCAGAGGAGCCCGCCCGUGGAUCUGCGUACGCUGCUGCGGCCGGUCAACCUGUACGGGUGGCGGGCACCCGGCAUGCGGGCGCCGAGGAACACCACCCAGUUCAUCAUGAACCAGGUCUACGAGGACAUGCGGCAGCAGGAGAAGCUGGAGCGCCAGCGCGAGGCGCUGCGGGCGCAGCAGGCCCAGGCGGGCGGCACAGCCUCCCUGGAGGGCUCCUUCGGAAACGAUGCGCCCCUCGACGGUGGCGAGGAAGACGCAGGGCUGCAGGAAAAUCUGUAUGGCUUUAGGCAGAAUCCCUCUCUGGCCUUCAGUCCUGACCCAGAUGAGGAAAACCAGUUUCCCACCACGCAGCUGGUAGACGAAGAGGGAGAGGAGAAAAAUGAAGAGGAGGAGUGUGACGAGGAGGAGUGUGGUGGCAAGGAGUUGGAGAGCGAGGAGGAGGAGGAUGAAGAGGCAGAGGCCAGGGAUGAAGAGGAGGUCGAAGAGGCUGACUCUGCGGAGGAGGAGGAAGAAGAGGAGGAGGGUGAAGAGGAGGAGAUAGAAGAGGAAGAGAUAGAAGAGGAAGAGGAGGGGCCGGAGGAGGAUGUGCAGCGGGAGGAAGAGAAUAAUUUGCCUCUGGAAAUGCCUUUAUCAAUCCUAGUGGGGGCUGAAGAAGAGAGAGAGAACUUUAUAAAUUGUCCUUAUUUAAGCCCCAAACAGAUAAUUCCCGAAGUGUCACAGGAAGCUCUGCUCAUGCUACAGGACAUUAACUGUUAG